GGGGCGGGGGCUGCGUUAGGGGGUCCCUGGAGGAGGGAAUCCUGAAGGUGAGACGUUGGGUCGACCCACGGGUGGGGCCCGCUGUUAAGCAGUUCCACUUCUUUUGUGCCAGGCACUGAACUGGACUCUUAACUGGGCUCUUGAGCAUCGUCUCUUAAUUCUCACAACAUCGCAGGGAGAUGAAAAAACCGAGACUCAGGAAAUUUAACAUGUUCAGGGCUACAUAAAUAGAGAAUGGUAAAACCUGGGCUUGAACCUAGGUGUGUCUGGCUUACCAGCCUAUUCUUAACCACUGUCAAGGGCAAAGAGAAGUGGCCAAGGUGGAAAGGUGUGCCCCAAGGAGUGGCUGGGAGGCACAGAGAACAUUAACAUUGUAAAAAUGGGGUGGCUGGAACUCAGGCUUAGCAGAACCUGGGAGGAGUAGAACAAAAGGGAAGUACAUUAGAAACAGGGCAUAGUAUGUCAUGGUGGUUAGGGGCACAGACUCAAAACUACCUGGAUUCAGACUGCAUCUUGGUAAACUUCGGCAUGUACAACCCUUACAAAAUCUCAAUUUCCUUAAUCUGAAAAAUAGAGAUCACCGUGGUCCAUGCUCUUGAGAUCGGGAUCCCAUAUCCUGGGCCAUGAGUGAGCUGAAAGACUGCCCCUUGCAGUUCCACGACUUCAAGUCUGUGGACCAUCUGAAGGUCUGUCCACGCUACACAGCGGUGUUGGCUCGCUCUGAGGAUGAUGGCAUCGGUAUCGAGGAGUUGGACACUCUACAGCUGGAACUUGAGACCCUGCUUUCCUCUGCCAGCCGGCGCCUGCGGGUGCUCGAGGCCGAAACUCAGAUCCUCACUGACUGGCAGGAUAAGAAAGGUGAUCGACGAUUCCUGAAGCUGGGUCGAGACCAUGAGCUUGGAGCUCCCCCAAAACAUGGGAAGCCCAAGAAGCAGAAACUGGAAGGGAAGGCAGGACAUGGGCCAGGUCCUGGCCCUGGCCGGCCCAAAUCCAAAAACCUUCAGCCCAAGAUUCAGGAAUAUGAAUUCACUGAUGACCCGAUUGAUGUACCACGGAUCCCCAAAAAUGAUGCCCCCAACAGGUUCUGGGCUUCAGUGGAGCCCUACUGUGCCGACAUCACCAGUGAGGAGGUGCGCACGCUAGAGGAGCUGCUGAAACCCCCAGAAGAUGAGGCUGAACAUUAUAAGAUCCCGCCUCUGGGGAAGCACUACUCCCAGCGCUGGGCACAGGAAGACCUGCUGGAGGAGCAGAAGGAUGGGGCCCGGGCAGCAUCUGUGGCUGACAAGAAGAAAGGCCUCAUGGGGCCAUUGACCGAACUGGACACUAAAGAUGUGGAUGCCCUGCUAAAGAAGUCUGAGGCCCAGCAUGAGCAGCCAGAAGAUGGGUGCCCCUUUGGUGCCCUUACUCAGCGCCUCCUACAGGCCCUGGUGGAGGAAAAUAUUAUUUCCCCAAUGGAGGACUCUCCUAUUCCUGACAUGUCUGGGAAAGAAUCAGGGGCUGACGGGGCAAGCACCUCUCCUCGCAAUCAGAACAAGCCCUUCAGUGUGCCACAUACCAAGUCCCUGGAGAGCCGCAUAAAGGAGGAGCUGAUUGCCCAGGGCCUGCUGGAGUCGGAGGACCGCCCUGCAGAGGACUCAGAGGAUGAGGUCUUGGCGGAGCUGCGAAAACGGCAGGCUGAGCUAAAAGCACUCAGUGCUCACAAUCGAACCAAGAAGCAUGACCUGCUGAGGUUGGCAAAGGAGGAGGUGAGCCGGCAGGAGCUGAGGCAGCGGGUCCGCAUGGCAGACAAUGAGGUCAUGGAUGCCUUUCGCAAGAUCAUGGCUGCCCGGCAGAAGAAGCGGACCCCCACCAAGAAGGAGAAGGACCAGGCCUGGAAGACUCUGAAGGAGCGUGAGAGCAUCCUAAAACUGCUGGACGGGUAGUGCUCACCCCUUCCUCAGGCUGCCUUCCCCUGGCUUGGGGGAGGGGCAGGUG